AGCAAUCAACAAAUCAAAACAAUUCGCAAGAGCUGUGGGCAGAACAACAAUGAUGGCCCGCAACGGUGUCCGGUGCUUCGUUUGGUUUCUUUGUUUAUUUGUGUUUUUCGCCUUAACCGUGUCCGUUUCCAUUGCUAACGAUGUUUCCCACAUUUCCGGCACCGAACAACCCAAGUUGGAGCUAGUUCGAGAGGUCGUGGAGUUGACCGUCCCGGUAGCACUGAAGCCGAACGACAUCAACGAUUACCGCGAGAUCACUCUGCAGCCGUACUCGAACACGCGUAUCCACAUUGCAAACCUUACGAAAAAUGAUGCCCAAAGCAUCGGUUACGCUCUGGUACAGUUGAACGCGUUCGAGUACAAUGUUACGCUCAGCUACAACAGUUCCAUAAUUGAAGGAGGCCAUCUUACCGGACAGAACGUUGGGCUUCUGAUGUACGGUGAUGGGGAUCUGUACGCGUUUAAUCUGAACCCCCAUCAGGCGGUGUGGGUUUCGUUGGUACUGAUGCUGUAUAACACUUCCGCACCGAUACCGGGUGGCUGCAACCUAGAGUUCCCCGUCGAAGUAUCACCCAUUCUCAACCUAACGCUCACGCCGGAAAUCAUCAUCGUCGAUACGCCGGCAGCCUCAGUCGCCAAACCGUUCCAGGGAUCACCGAAUGGGUGCGGAAAGGCAAGAUUGGAAUACGAAUCGUACUACUACAUCAUGCCUACGCAUGACUUCUCGCAGCGGACUUACUUUGCCGCCAUCAAUCGGCUCCUAAGCUAUACGGCUGCAAAACUGUCCGGUCGGCAGAAUACCUUGCACGCACCCCUGUUACCGAACAGACACAAGUACGGCCGUAUUACUGGCCGUGGGAUGGUGUUUGUUACUGCGGUCAUUGAUCCCGUGCACCGAGGAUUUGCGCUGUACGUUCCGGCGCACACGUACUCGUGCAAACCGUUCCUCAAUCUGGCAGGCUGCUAUGGGUUGAAUAUACCGCUGCGCGUGUUUGCCAUUCUGCUGACCAUUGUGGCGGUGCUGGAAGUGAUCAUCGGAUGGUUACCGCUUUUCGUUAAAUGUCUGGCGGCGGGUGGCGUGAUGGGAGCUUUUGGCACGGUCGAAGCGCUUAACGUGCUCGAUAAACCGCUAGACCUAGAAUGGAUUGUGCUGUUCAUCGUUGGAGGAGCGAUUGUGGGCUGUAUCGUUGGGCUUUUGAUGGGAUUGUUUGCGCCUGUCGCUGGCAGGAUAUUCUGCUCGUUUAUGACCGGCUACCUCAUCUGCCUGACCCUGUUCGGUAUGAUAAAUGGAAACAUUUACACUUUACCCAAUAUUUCGUGGUACGUCGCGUUGGGAGGUAUGCUGAUAGGCGCCAUCCUGACUGUGGCCCUUCCCAUCAUACUGAUCACGCGCUCAGUCAUCUUUGGAGCCAUCUGCAUUUUCUACGGCGUAAAUGCCGUCUUCGGUGCCCGGUUGGACUAUCCCUUGCGACACUUUGUGCGACGAUUGUACGUGGAAAACUAUGAGCGCGUGUACUCGGAUCCGUCCCUGGACGCGAACGAUUGCUUAGCGCUGGCGGCAUUCACCUUCACGAUGGCGGUGACACUGUUUAUGCGCUCCCGCUACCAGUCGGACGAGGUGCAGGACGAUUAUUCGCGCAUCGAGUUCCCUUGCCAGGGCCGACCUGCCAACGGCGACGAUGAGGAUCGCAUCGAAAGAAGUACGGUUAUUGCGGCAGACGAUACAGCCGCUUACCAGCGGUUCGUCAACGAGCAGCCAAUCAUUACACGGUGGACAAACGGUGAUGACGAUGUGUUUGAAUCUCCCGAAAGCAACUCUAGGUUUUAUCGGCUGUUGCGGCGGAACGCUAGAAGGUAGAAGCGGAAUCUAGCAUAAACCUGCUAGUAUUAAGGCAACAUGGCCUUAUGUAUCUGUCUGAAUAUUUAAUUGGUCGCUUGUGAAUCUCGGAAAAUAUAAGAAAAAGUCCUGUAUAGUAUAUUGGCAUCAUAGGUAGCUAGUGUGCGAUGCAUAAUAAUAAUGCAACGUUGUGAUAUGAAUGUAGCACAAUGUGGUAUGUCAGCUAAACAAGCCACAUUGCCAUGUGUUUCCAUGAUAUAUCUUCCAAAAAAUAAAUCUAUACAUUAUAUUCUAUG